CAGCUCGCAAAUUUAACAGAAAUGUGUUUUCGGAAUAUGUUGCUUGGCUGCUGUCUGAUUCUGAUGCUGGCCACAAGUCAAGCCCGGCCACGCUACAGUAAAACCUCAAACAGGAAGAACUUUGACCUCAGCACCGCCGGCAGCGAAACCAUCCUGGCCUACGCAGCCAGGCCCCAGCCGCCUAUGGCCCUGACGGGCAAUUACAAUUUGAUAAUGCCCGAUUACUACGAUCACCAUCCAGCAGAGUCGAUGCAGCUGCAGAACUUUGCCGCAUUCUACGACGCCGAGAUGAGUCCGGGCGCCGACCUGGGCAUGGAUGAGUCACAGUUCCUGGCCAGCAGCACGCCCGUGCGUCCGCCAAGGCCCAUCACUGCCGAGGAGCAGCGCAUACGCCAGAAGCUGCAUCCCGUCGACAUCACCCGGGAGAAGAAGGCCCUGCAGAAGCUGAAGAAGGGCAACACAAAGCCGAAGGGCGAGGGCUAUGCCGAGUGGGAUCAGUUCGAUUACGAUCUCUAUAGCGUCAAUCCGGGCGAUAGCAAGAAGUACUAUAACGACUACUAAAUGUCUGUCCAACUUUCUAGCUAUUCCCGUAUUUGUUUAUUGUUUAUUGUUUAUUUCUGUUUAAGCACUGAAUAAAUUAUUU